AUGGCUAAUUGUGGAGGGUGGAGUGAAGAACCAGUUUCUAAGGACAAACAACGACCACCGAUCUAUAACCCAGAAGAUUAUGCGACGUCUCUCAAGAAAUGGGGAAAGAAAACUGGCAACGGCAACUUAUACGACCUAGAUCCUGGUCAGGAUCCGAAUAAAGCCAAAACACUGCCAACUCAUGGCAGCAAGGAUUUCAGAAACCCCUGUUUAAACAUGGGAGAGGAGAUGAGCCUGCGUCAAUUUGGUACUCCAAGUGAACUUCUGACCAAACUUAGAGCAGAUCUAAGGCUUUCUUUUCCAAGUUUUGUGCAAGAGUUCGCCUGUGAACCUCUAGAUGGAGUUACUCUGCUUCUGGAACUCCUGCGCAACAUUCAGUUGAGUCAAACGGGAGAAGCUUCCCGGGGACCCCCCGCUGUAAGACGAAGACCUUUGUUAGACGAAUUAGCUUGCUUACAAUGCCUCUGGAGUUGCUGUUCAAGAUACUCAGACUGUGUAAGACGCCUCGUGGCCGGGUCUAACGGUGUGUACGCUCUCACUGUGUGCAUCAUGUCCAGUGUCAACAAAACAAGAGUUCUGGCUUUACAGCUACUCACAAAAGCCUGUUACCCUCCAGCAUCUGGCCACAGCAUGAUCUCUGAAGCUCUAUCCACAUUACGUUUACGAUUCGGAGAACCAGUACGUUUUAGGUUUUUAGUGGGGAUGCUGCAAAGUGCUGCAGGAUCAGGAGAUUUGCAGGCUGCUGGGCUAGCCUUCAUAAAUGCUCUGUUAGGUAGUGCUCCCACACCACAGAGGAAGCUAUAUAUCCAAGCGGAAUUGGAACAGGCCGGUUUCGAUAUUGUAACAUUGAAAAAGGCUGUAGCUAAACUACCAAACAUCAACGAACAUGUGGCCAGAGAAAUAGAAAACUACGAAAGACAAUUAAUAGACAUUGAUACAUUAAAUGAGAAAGCCAAUGAGGCGUUAAAAGAAAAAGAUGAUCUGAGGAGUAAAUUAGAAUUGCUAGAGAAAAGAGUUAAGAUACUACAAGAAGAAAAGGGUAUUCUACUAUCCUUAGAAAAAUGCCUGCAAGAGAAGUGUUGUGAACUUCAGGAAGAAGUUAGCACAUUGAGGUCCGAACAUGGCAACUCUAACAGAAAGAAAAGUUUUGCCUGUAAGAAAAAAAACUCCGCACAUAGAAAUAGAGAUGAGUCAUCCCCGCCAGAAGACGAAGGUAUUAGUUCAUCCGAACGAUCUUUAAGCCCUGAAGUUGAACAACGAGACUCGAUGGUGUACGAAGUCUUUAAUAUCAAGAAUGAAACCUAUGAUUUAUUAAGAAACAAACGAACGCACAAGAAACUGGACUCCAAAAAAGAUCAUAAAAAAUCCUCAGAUGAAGAUGACGAAACUACUAUAGAUGAAGUUAUACAAGAACUAAGAAAUAUUGUUAACCACGCGGAAUGCGAAAAUGUAAGACAUGAUAGAUCAAAAUGCAAUUCCGAUAUAAAUGAUCAUUUUGAAAAAGAAGACUCUAUUACUAGUACUAGACACAGUAUACAUAUCACAAACAAAGAUGAUGAAAAUGAAGAGGCUGAAAUAGUUCCCACGAAAAUAUUACCUCAUCCACCGAGAAAAGCCAAAAGUCUGAUUCAUUUAAUGCCCGUUGAAGGUUUAAUAUACAAAACUGAUGCUUUUGAAGAAAUAUAUUCAAGUGAUGAAGGAUCUGACUCUUUACUUAGUGCUUCUCGCUGCCAGAACCAUAUAAAUAAAGAUUCAUCAAAUAACUUUGAUUUUAACGAAAGCUUUAUUGAUGGAGUCAAGAGAUCUAAAACAAAAUCUAGAGAAGAUUACAAGAAAUCUUCAGUAAAACGAAGUGAAUCUUUCCAAACGUCAGAAAAAGGAUCACGUCAAAGAGAACACAUAGAUAAUAUGUUCUUAGCUAAAAGCACUGAAAAAUCACGAGUGGACGAAAUAGUAAGCUUAAUUGAAUCUAAAAAGCUUACCAAAAGUUUAGACAGAAUUGACGAAGGCCUUAAUUCCAUGGUGGAUAUUGUAAUGACUUCUGAACCGAAAAAAAACUGGUCGUACGAAAAACGUCAGAGAUCGGUCUCAAGAACUAAUAGUGACACGGGAAUGGAAGAGCCUUUGACAUCAAACAUACAGACGUAUGAUUCAAAAAUAUAUAAAUAUGAAUCAAAAACCAGCUAUAAAAGUAGAGAGGAUUCACAAAAUGAUCAUAAAUACAAUUCAAAAUUAAGUACUGGGUCUUUUGAAGUACCAAAUUUUAAUACUUUUAUUAUGAAAAGAGGGAGUGCUGCUGGGUUUUAUUCUGGGACCCUUCUUAGAGAUGCACCUGCGAGUAUGACGAGUUUAGUGAUGACGGGUACUCAUAGCUAUAGUGACUUAAAGAAGAAUGUUACGUCUGUUGGUUCAAGCAAUUUUGGUUCGCAUAAAGUUACAGAUAUGCCUUCAGGCCUAUAC